GGACCUGACCUUAGUCCAUUCAGAUCAAUAGGGGAGCGAGGGAGGGGAGAGCGGAUCGUUUACACUCGGCCGUUGUGGAGGAAAUACAGACUUCCCUUUGCACUCGGCGCUCGCUGUAAAGUGGAUAUCGCAGCGCGCAUCGAGAAGGGCGACUCGCCGCUUUUGUUGUGAUCGCCGCAGUUCCUUUCUGUUUUUUUCGUCUCCCCCCUUCUCCUUCUCCUUCUCCUUCUUCCCUUUCCCCCCCGACCACGAUGUCCUUCCCGCAGCUGGGAUAUCAGUACAUCCGGCCGAUAUACCCGCAGGAGAGGCAGGGCAUGGGCGGCGGGCGCAGCGGGCCCGAGCUGAGCCCGUCCGGCGCGCUCUCCAGCGUGCUGUCCUCCAUGUACGGAUCCCCGUUCGCCGCCGCGCAGACCUACGGAGCUUUCCUCCCUUACUCCAACGACCUGUCCAUUUUCAACCAGCUGGGAGCUCAGUACGAACUAAAGGACAGUCCAGGUGUCCAGCACCCAGCGUUUGCCCCUCAUCACGCUGCUUUCUACCCCUACGGCCAGUACCAGUUCGGUGACCCGUCCAGACCCAAGAACGCCACCCGCGAGAGCACGAGCACCCUGAAGGCCUGGCUGAGCGAGCACCGGAAGAACCCGUACCCCACCAAGGGCGAAAAGAUCAUGCUGGCCAUCAUCACUAAGAUGACCCUCACCCAAGUGUCCACCUGGUUCGCCAACGCCAGGAGGAGGCUGAAGAAGGAGAACAAGAUGACGUGGGCGCCCCGGAACCGCACGGACGAAGAAGGGAACGUGUACGGCAGCGACCACGAGGGCGAGGACGGGGACAAGCGCGAGGACGAGGAAGAGAUCGACCUGGAGAACAUCGACACGGAGAACAUCGAGAGCAAGGACGACCUGGACGAGCAGGACGAGUUGCACUCCGAUUUGAAGCUGGACGGCAGCUGCGACUCGGAGAUCUCAGACGGCUAUGAGGAUUUACAUGGGCCCGAUCCAAAGUUUUUGAAAGCCGUGGUCAAAGAGGGCAAAGACGCGCACGCGGACCGGGCCGAGAACUUCCACCACCACCACCAUCAUCACCACCUCCACCACCACGCUCUGGACCUCAAAAUGCAGGCGCCCAACGGCGAACAAAUCAAACUUAACCAGGUCCCCAACUCCCCCCCCAACGAAAACAACCCGCCCCCCGUCCAGAAACCCAAGAUCUGGUCUCUGGCCGAGACGGCGACGACCCCGGACAAUCCCCGCAAAUCUCCCCUAAUGAACGGGACCUCCUCCGGGCCCGGCGCCCAGACCAUCGUCCCUCCUCACAGACUCAUCUCGUGUCCCGUUGGGAAAAUUCAGAACUGGGCGAACCGGGCAUUUUCCGCGCACCAGCUCGCCUUACUGAACUCGAACCAUUAUUUGGGACUGGCCAACCAGGCUUCGGCCCUCUACUCCAACAGGCAAGCGGAGGAGCGGAGUCCCAGCUCAGAGACUGCGGCCACAGGUACAUGCCACCCUCACUGAGACUGUCCGGAGACUUUUACAGGCUUAUUAAGAACACUGCUUUCCUUUCGGUAGUCCUUACGCCUCAUUUUUUUUUCUUUUUUCAAACCUCUACUUUCAAUGGCUUCACAAAACACUUCAAAAUGUGGCAUGAGAUGUGUCAGAAACAGAAGGAGCAUGCUCAAGCAGAGGGAAAGAAAAUGCAAAUUAAAAUACUUUUAUAUGUAUUUUGUCCUUGAACUCCUCAUUUGUAUCUGGAUAACCUUUGAAAUUGAAAUCGACAGGGGUGUUGGCGUUGGCGUUUCUGGAACAUGUGCUGACUGGCUUUAGACGUUAGCUGUGAAAAAAGACUCCAAAACUUUCGGUAUGUUACGUCUAAAUUGAUUCUGUUGCUGUUAUGAUUUCAGAGAGAUUUAGUGCCUUGGACGCAGAGAACAGUAAAAACAGCCAAGAACAGACACUUGUUUACGCAGGUGGAUAUUUAAUAUUAACCUGCUUCACUGCUUUCUUUUAUUGGACUAUUCAACAGACGCUAUAUAUAUAUAUAUAUAUAUAUAUAUAUAUAUAUAUAUAUAUAUAUAUAUAUAUAUAUAUAUAUACAGCUGAAUUCCUCUUGUGCAGUUUAAUGUGAAACGUCACACCAAGAAUCCGUAAUCUCAAGCGCGUCGUUUGGCAAUAAUUCAAAUAAUUCAAAGGAAUAACGCGAUUCCCUUCUCAACCUUCUCGCGCAAUUAAGUUUCCCAUUUUAAUUUGAAUUUUCCACCUCUUAUUCCCCAAACCCUUUACUGUUAAUUUCCCAUGUCUCCCGUAGGCCUCAGAACCCCACUUGAAGCUGCCAUGGUGUUAUCAGUCCUUUCCUCCUCCUAGGGGCUCUUUUUGUCUUUUAUAAAUCUCAAUUUUAACCUGUUUUAAGGAAUGUUUAAAAAAAAAAAAGAAAGAAAAAAAGAAAAAAGAAAAAGUGGAAUAACAGCCCUCCUGUAUACUUACCUUGUAAGCAUGUCUUGUGUAAAAUUGCUAAUGCAAUGCUGUAAGAAACUGUAGUCUGUGAGUUUUUUUGUUUGUUUGUUUUUGUUUUUCUUCCUUUUUCUUUUCUUUCGUUUUGUAAGUUCUGUGAGGAUUUAAUGUUGAAAUUGUUUUGUAUAUAUAACGUAAAGAAAAUGUACAUACUUGUGAUCCAAAAUUGUACAAGAAAGUAUAUAUUUUGGCUAAUAAAUGAACCGCUGCAACUUAAAGCAAUUAAA